CAUAAAGGGAUCCAGCUCAAGACUUAUUUGUCAAUCGGACGAAACACAUCCCAAGUAAAGAACUUCCAGAACAACUCUUGACAGCCGGUAGACUACUCAAGCAACAUGAAGUUACUUGUCCUGACUGUGCUAUGCUGCAUAGCAUUGGCAAGUUGUGUUCCUGAUGCCCAUGAUAAUGAGGAAGCUAAACCUGCUUCAACUCAAAAUGAAGAGCUCUUGCAAGACGCCCCAGAAGUUGAUGAAACCUCUGGAGAAAUGACGGAAGAUAUCCCAACGGAAGUGGAAGAUGAUGAUGAAAACGAAGAGGAUGGAGGUGAUCGUAGGAGAAAUCUUGGGUUGAGCAACAAAUGCCUCAAGACACUCGAUAAAGGAGUCGUAAGGAUGAUGUCGCUUCUAAGCUACGUCAACCGAGAGUUUGGGAAACUCAGAAAUCAAGUGAAUGCUUGUAACAAAGCUAACACGUGCUUGGGGCGUCCAAGUGUGUUUCGCCUUUGUGAAAAUCGCCAAGGUACUCUACGGUGUCCAAAGGAAAAGGUCAUCGUCGUGGCGUACGCGAACUACGGCCGCACGGCUAAAGAAGUGUGCCGACACAAUUCGAUAAAAACCACUUGUUGCUACUCCAGGAAAUCCAAGAUACUUAUUCGCAAAGCGUGCCAUGGAGAAAACAAAUGCGCACUCAAUGCGCGUAACUCCGUCUACGGCGACCCAUGUUAUGGUACCUACAAGUACAUCGAGGUCCUUUAUCACUGCGUCUGAGUAAGCACGCUGUAAUGAUUGGUCCUUAUCGAGGAUGAAAAAUGAUUGGUCAAUAAAAGAGUGAACAUAUCAA